UUUGCUCUAAUUACUUUUCAUAUCUCUCACUUCCUUCUCCCCUGAUCCCUCAGUCUGAAGAAGGGCCUCGACCCGAAAGGUCACCUGUUCCUUUUCUCCAGAGAUGCUGCCUGACCCGCUGAAUUACUCCAGCCUUUCGUGUCCAUCUUUGGUGUAAACCAGCGCCUGCAGUUCCUUCCCACACAAGACCGCCCUUUUAUUCUUGAGAGCUACCCAGGGCAUCCAUAGCCUUUUGCAAUCUCGUUUUUCAAAAACAGAACUUAAAUGCUGAUCACAAAAAAAUAACGUUCUAUUUUUGCAGGUAGUCCGAUGGUACGGAGUUUCCCCCUCUAUAAGCAUGGCAACAACAGUUUUCUGAAUGAUUCUGCCAAGGAGCAUCUCACCAGUUCCAUUAGCACGGUGGUGAUCCCGGUCAUUUCAAGUAUCAUCCUGAUCAUUGGCCUCCCGGCGAAUGGUCUUGCCCUUUGGGUUCUGGCCACCAAGGUCCAGCGGAUGCCCUCCACCAUCUUCCUGAUGAACCUGGCAACGGCCGACCUCCUCCUGAUCCUGGCGCUGCCCUUUAAAAUCCACUAUCACUUCCAGGGCAACAACUGGGUCUUCGGCGAAGCUCUGUGUCGGACGAUGACCGCCUUCUCCUACGGCAACAUGUACUGCUCCAUCCUCCUCCUCACCGUCAUCAGCAUCGACCGCUACUUUGCCCUGGUCCACCCGUUCUACUCCAAAGGCUUCAGAGACAAUAGGUUUGCUGUGGUGACCUGCUUGACGAUUUGGUUUCUUGUUGGACUCUCCACCAUACCGUUCCUUCAGCAGAAUCAGUUGUGCUUGUUGAAGGACCUAAAUAUCACGACCUGCCACGACGUCUUGCCGGAAGAGAUGGCCUCCAAUUACUACUUCGUGUUUCUGAUGGCUUUUGGCUUUCUCAUCCCGUGUCUCAUCACGAUAUUCUGCAACGUGUCGAUAAUCCGAGCGCUGGUCGUUAGCGCGGGGUCGUUCGGCCCGGCUGUGCGGAACAUGACAUUGGUGAUGAUUGUGUUUGUGGUGUGUUUUGCCCCCAGCAAUAUAAUCCUACUCAUCCACCAUUCUGAAUCCAUCUACUACCUCUAUCACUAUUACAUGAUCUGCCUGAUGCUGUCCACCCUCAACAACUGCAUCGACCCCUUCAUCUACUACUACAUCUCGGACGAGUUCCGGAGUAAAGUGAGAAGCCUGACCUUCUGCGUGAGAACGAACGAGGGUUCACGAAAAUCGGCUCGGCCCCUGGUCCAGACAAACACCUCCUCUACUCCGGACAGCAAGGUGUCAAGCAAUUGAAGUUGGUCUCUGUGAACAUGACCAGACUCUCAGUCGUAUCGGAGUAGCAAAGCCAGCAAUCUCUGGCUGAUCAGUGACAUGCCUACUCAACCAGGAUGUUGCUGCCAAUAAAUCACUCACUGUCUAACAACAAGAGGAAACCCUCGACACAUGUAACCAGGACUGAUCCCAACUAACAUUGGGAAAAGGUCGCGUCUUAAUGGUCGGGCAAAACGCACGGGUCUCACUGCACUUAAUGUCAGCAAAAAGACUGUACGCGAUUAAAAUCAAGCCGUCCAGGCCGUACACACAGAAUAAAGUUAGCCUCUCUAUUUGGCUGUCAUAAUGAAAACACUCCACGCCAGGCAAGAUCUUGGUGAAUCUGCACUCUCUCCAGAACUUUAACAUCCGUCCUGUAGUGCGGUGUGCUGUACUCCAGAUGUUUUAUUAACAUUGCCUGUGUUGGACAGUGCUAGUGUAUGGGGUGAUCACUGGUCGGCAUGGGCCGAAGGGCCUGUUUCUGUCCUGUAUCUCAAAAUUAAUGUAUGUGUCUUAACUUCUAUGUAAUUACAUAAUGCAAACAUUGUCAAAUGGAGGAAAAUGCAUCAAAUUCCCUGUUUGUGAUGAAUAUUUGGAUGUGUAACUUGCAUCAGAAUUAAAACUCUUUUGAAAAUAAAACAUUGUUUGAUGUUCUU